GCUUGCUGCGGCAGCUCGUUGCCAUGUCUCCGGGCAUUCUUUGGUACCUCAGUGCCUGGGGCUCCCCUCGCCGAGGCGGCUGGUUCUACGCGCCGUACUGUCCCAGCUCGGAGCACAAGGAGAUGUUUCGCUUGGGCUUCUCGUUCUGGUGCUUCGCGAAUUCUGGCCUCACGCACGCGCUACUUUGCAUGGCCGGGGCGAUUUUUCACACAGUCUUCAUCCUGCGAUCUCUGUACCCCGAGAACAUCAUCUUCCUCCCGAGCUCUGAG